AUGACCAACUCGGUGACACUCUAUGGCCUUUCGACGCGUAAGGGAUCGGCGACCAACGUGAGCCCGUAUGCGUGGAAGACGGCCAUUGAUCUCGGCCUCCUAGGCAUUCCCUUCACAUGGGACGGCAAGACGUUCGAGGAGAUCCGGACGUCGUUUGAGAAGGAGACGGGCAUCCCCGGCAUCCUGGUGCCCGCCAUCAAAGACGGGCAAGACUGGAUAUACGACUCGUUCAAGAUCGCGCUCCACCUCGACACAAAGCAGGGAAAGAAAGCGCUCUUCCCCGAGGGUGAGGAGGAGGCACGCAAGAUGGACGAGUGGGCCGACACUGAGCUCCGUAACGCCCUCGUACCUCUCCUCGUCCCAUGGGCGUGGUUCCUCAAAGUCAAACUCGGCGGCAACCAGGCCGCGAUUGACGCAAUGUGCAAUGCCGUCCAAGAUAAAGCCCACGUCGAGACGCAGGCUAAUAACUUGCGUUCCAAGCUUUCUGUCAUUGAGGAGCGGCUGCAGAAUGGCCCGUUCUUGAGCGGCGACAAGGCGGGCCAUGCCGACGCAAGCGUUUGGGGAUGGUACGCUACCUCUCGCGCGAUCAAUAUCCCGGGAUUCGAUGUCGACUUGGUUUGGAAGCACGACAGUCUUCCGCGUGUAGCGGCGUGGGUUGAUGCCGUGCAGAAUGCGGCGGGGGUUGAGUUGCCACGUUAG